GACAGUGUCCCGGGCAGGUUAUCUGCUGGGAUUGAAGCUCUGAAUAGAAGAGAGUCAGUCUCCACUGCUUGAGUGAAAUUAAUAGAUCCGUUAGCAAAAUGGCUGUGGCACCAGCUGAAAUCUCUGGGGCUGAGCCACUAGAGAGGGGCAGAGAGCCAAACAUGGCAUGGGUUAAACUGGGGCCCCGUGUAAGAUCAGGGCCCCGUUGUGCUCGGCGCUGUACAGACGCAGAACCAAGAAGGUGGUACCUGCCCCAGAGAGGUCUCCCACUUUAAUGUUUAGUUUAACUGAAUGAUGGUGCCUGAUUGACAGCCCUGGAGACUCAUCCUCUGUCUGUCCACAGGACAGGCCCUGUGAAGGCAGCGACGGGGCCAGCUCCUCCGCCCCACCUCACCAAUGGGCUACCUACACUGCAGGCAUACUCAGUCUCUGGCCUCUCUGAGGGUGACUGCCCCGAGGGAGCCUAUCUGUGGACGUCUGUGACUUCUUGUGUGACCUUGGGGAUCUCGGUACCUGUCCAUCUCCACAACGGGACGGAUGCCAACACCACAUGGCCCCUUUUUCUUGCUCUUUGGAUGGGAGAUGCUGUAAAGUUUCCUGGGAGUUGCGAGGACAUGGAGGUGGGGAACCUGAUGGAGAUGUGGUACCAAAGUCUGCAGUCAAUGCUGAAGGCCCUGAACCAAACACUUCACGGUGCCAUCCUGUGCCCACCAGAACAGGCCACGGGGCGGACAAAUGGCAGUCAUGUCAAGCUAGCCAGCAAGGACGACUAUUCCUACAUGAUCAUCUUGUUCGUGAUGAUCCUGUUUGCCGCCACGGUGGGGAGUUUGAUUCUGGGCUACACCAAGUCCAGGAAGGUGGACAAGCGGAGCGACCCCUACCACUUGUACAUUAAGAACAAGGUGUCUAUGAUCUGAGCAGGGCAGGGACACUGUUGCAAGGACAUGCACAGCUACUGGCAUCUACCUCCUGCAGCAGGAGAAACCCUUUUUCCCUGGUCCAGUCAAACUCUUCUCGGAGGGGCCGACACACGUCUUGCUACGAGACAGCCACGCGGCCACAUUUAGUGCAGAGGAGCAGCAGCAGGCGUGAUCUUGCAAGCAGGCAGAGAGCGCCAGACCUUAGAGGCCGCAGAAUAGUUAUGUGACGGCUCUGGACGCUUGCCAGCAGGCCCGUCCUGGAUCACUCUGCACCAGUUGCGAAGUUUCCGCCAAUCUCCUUCUCCUCCAAAGGAGCGUCUCCAUUUACGCCAAAGGGCCCGGGGAUAGGCUGAUGGAAGGUUUUAAGUG